UCGUCUCUGCGAGCUCAUUAUGUCUGCACCUUUCGCUGGAAAUGCGAAAUGAUGCUAAGUAGCUAACAUUAACUUACGACAACAAACAUCUACGAUAGACCGCAGCUAAAUAUGGCAGGUCAGGUCCUGGACAACAGAAGCCAGUCUCCAUGGCGAAUGUCGUUCCUCACUGAUCUCUUCUGGGGUGCUGUGGAGUUCAUCGGCUUGUUUUUCCAAUCCCUGGUCCAGCCAGAUCUGACAAAGAGGGGUAACUCUGGCUCGUCCUCUGCAGGCUACAGUGAUGGCAGAGGCCCCCCUGGACCCCCUGGUGGCCGGAGGCGGAUGGGGAGGAUAAACCACGGUGGGGGGCCCAGCGCCCCUCCCAUGGGGGGAGGAGGAUGAGGAAGGUAAACGCCUACACAUUUUUGUGUAGGCGUGGGCUGUGGCACACCGGCUGCAGACAUGUAGCCUAAUUUAGGUUGCAAUGACGUGCAUGUGUGCCAGCCCCCCAUCCUCUACAGCUGCCUCUGCUCACCACAGACUCCUGACGCUCCUCUGGGAAUUCCUACACGUAGGGUCCAGGGCGGCCGAUACGGCAGCUUCCUGUUUCUGACCCCUCUUCUUGUCCCCUUGUGAAUCAUAUCACAUCCCUCUCCGAAGCUGUAAUAUUUUUUGUAUCCCACUGUUAAAUAAAGUCCUGUGCUGUA